AUGCCGUCCCACCCACCCCCCUCCGACGACCACGACACCGCCCCCACCGCCGCCGCCGCCUCAUCCCUCCCCCCCAGCCGGCCCACCCAACAAUCCAUCGCGCGCUGGUCGGCAACGACCGUCCCGCUGAUGAUCGUCGCGGUCGUCAGCUGGGCGACGUACGUGCUGGUGGCGAAGCUGGCGGUCGAUCGGCUGAUGCUGCGGCGGGGGGAACGCGGCGCCGGCGUCGCCGUCGUGGUGCUGCAUUGCGUCUUGUUGGCGGCGACGGCGGUGGCGUACGUGCGCAUCAUCGCGACGCUGAAGGUCGAUCCGGGGUUGGUGCCGUUGGGGAGGGGGAGCGCGGAUGAGGGGGGGAGGAGGAGGAAAGGCAGGGGGAGGAAAGGUAGGAGGGAUGGUGGUGGACAACGGCAGCGGCGGGGGGAGUGGGGAGGUGGGGAUGGGGUUGGGGACGGCGGCGGCGUGUUUGAGGAUGAGGAGGGGAGGACGUGGGCGGAGAGGCAGUAUGAGGAGAAGCUGAAGCGGUUGGAGAAGUUUGUGCCGAGGGAGGUGUUUGUGUGCGAUUAUGAUGGGUUGCCGCUGUGGUGUGACAAGUGCAGCAAUUGGAAGCCGGAUCGCACGCAUCAUUGCAGCGAUUUGGGGAGGUGUGUGCGGAGGAUGGACCACUUUUGUCCCUGGGUUGGCGGUAUUGUCUCGGAGACGUCGAUGAAGUUCUUCAUCCAGUUUACUUUUUACGCCUCCCUCCUCGGAUCUUUCCUUCUCAUCACAAACGGCAUCCUUGUGGCUCGGGACAAGCAUGAGGGUCGAGACCUCGACAAUCACAUGAUAGCGCUGCUCGCAUUCACUGGCCUCUUCACACUCUUCGCCGUUGGCAUCUUCGGCAACACGCUCUUCAUGACGCUUCACAAUUUUACCACCGUGGAAGCCCUCAACCGCGCGAACGCAACGUACCACCUCUCCAUCCUCAUCACGCCCUCGUGGUGCAACCGCAGAAAUGAUGAGCAGUACCCCUUCCGGACGACUACGUAUCCCGGCGCACCGGGUGCUCUCUACGCGAUCCUGAUGACUCGGCCUGGCGACAACCCGUGGGAUGUCGGCAAGCUCAAGAAUCUGAAGAGCGUCAUGGGCGAGAGCGUUAUCGAUUGGUUUUUGCCGCUCAAGUUCAGUCCGUGCACGAACCACGACAGACAGGACUCGGAGUUUGAGUUUGGCCCCUCGGUCGAAAACGCGAAGAGAGAAGCGACCGGGUAUUAA